AAACCAUAUCGCGUUGAGCUGUGUUCCGCUGAGGUUCACGGGUUGAGCACAAGACGUCCUACGAAAAUCAAAUAGGUAGUCAAUCGUUGAUCUUUUCCAAAAUAUUGAACUCUAAUAUCAAAAGGGACAGAGUGCGACAUUUUUCUCUGAAUACGAACUUAUGGCCGACAUGCGAGCAACAGAAUGGUGAAUUUUGGACGUGGAAUUCUUACAGACCAAACUUGCCUUAGAAUGCUCAACCGCGGCUUCGUUUCGAAAGUUCAACUAGAAUCCUGACUAUGGGAAGUUACGAGGAAUUCAAAAACCCUUCAUUGACCUGCUCCAAUGUCUACUGCAUUGACCGAGCCAAUGCAAGAUGCAAGAGCAUGCUGUGCUGCACUUGUGUAUGUUCGAAGAGUGGAUUCCCCUACGCUGAUCUUAUCAACAAAGUUUGUACAUCCAAUCCUGUCUCAUCACAAGCACCUUCAACAACUGCCUUUGAAUCCACGAAUACACCAAUAAGCAAAUUCAACAGCUCGACAUUGUUAUCAACCGGGUCUGUAAAAACCAACGGAGCAUCGUUUCAAAGAACAACAACACUGUCUACUAUCCAAACCAUUCCAAAGCACACAAACUCCACGGAGUCAUUUAUUGCACAACGACAAGAAAAAUUGCCAGUUUUAGCCAUAGCUGGUUCUGUGGUUGGCUUCAUUAUCUUUGUCCUAAUAAUUGGAAUUUCAACUUGGUUCUGGCGAAGAAGGCAUAAACCAAGAUCGAAACCAAAAGAAGAGAGCAAUGAACAAGAGAAACGUGAUGAAAAAAGUUCUUAUGAGAUGCUUCAAUACCAGCCUGAAACUGAAGCAAAAGACAAUGGUGGAAACACUCGCGAUAGCUCACAGCAUUAUCAUAGUCCCACAGACCUGCGAUUGGGUCAACCCACAAUCCAGGAUGACCACUACUACAGCAGUGCUGCAGUUUUGAACAAACCAAGCAAGAAAGGCAAAACUCUUGAAUAUUCUUAUGCCCGCAAUUUCAGUCAGUUGGGAGAACAUGAAGAGGCACCAGCUCUGAAAAGUAGUGAAGGGCCAGAUUUGUAUGCCUAUACUGGUAAUGAAGGAGAUGCUGCAUACGUGGAACCAGAUUCUCAUGGAGAAAUAAACCCUUAUUAUGAGCCUGCCCAUGUAAAAGAACGAAUCGAUGCUGUUAAGGCCGGUGAAGAAAAUGCAAAAUAUUUGGAUCCUGAUAGAUAUUACCAACCAACUUUGAGCAAAAAUUCCUACAAAGAGGCUUUUAAUAACGGUUGUACAGAAGUAUUUGACCAGGAAAUGCAAAACCCUUAUUAUGGUCCUGGAGAAGUCGAGGACAACAGUAUUCAGAAAAAAGACGGGUUAGAUGUAGAUAUGGAAGAGGAAUACUGUGACAUGAAUGAUAAUGAACAGCAGUAUCAAGCGCUGACGAAACCAGCUGCGGAGGAGCCAUACGAAGCAGUUUCACAAGCAUACCUUUGAAGUUAGACCAUUUUCUUAAACAAAGGGAAAGCCAAAACAUCAGAGUUGUCAAUGGCUGACCAUUGGUGGAGUAACAAUUCUUCACUUCUUCACAGCUGUCUUUGCAUUAUAUGAUUCUUGGCUGUAUCCAAGCACAAACAAUGAGGGUGGGGCUGACCCCUCCACUUUGUUCCAAAAUUUUAACAAGAGGGGCUGCGGCCCCCUGAGCCCCCCCCCCCCCAUCACAUCUCUGCUCACGAUGCCUGAUUUUGAUAUCGUUGUUAGUGACCGGGACGUCUCCCCGUGAUGACGCCGUCACCGUUACAACAAGGACGUUAAUCUAAUACCUAGAAAUAUCAAAAUACAAAGUUUCAACGUGGUUUUAAUAUUAUGAUUUGAAUACACUCUGUAUGCUUAUUUAUAUAUUCGCGCAGAUCUUUACCAAUGUUAAUAUAAGUUGCAUUUAUGACUUUUGUGACGCUUUAUAGGCAAUAAUUCCUACUUUUUUUGCGAUGUAUAUUGAAAUUUUUUAAAUUUGCUGUGGAAAAGUGCUUGCUUAAUACUAUCGUUUCUCUUCGGUUCGAAAUAUUUUUAUUCCGCCUAUAACAUCACGUACUUAGUAGUUGUGCUUCAGAUUUCGAAAUUCAGGAGUGAAAUAUAAGAAUAAAAAUGUCCAAUUUCAUCAUCUAUAUAUCUUCGAUAAGAUCUUUGAAGAGGUUGUGAAAAUCAUUACAAGCUAGUUCCUUUUUAAUCGACCAGAUUAAAUUAUUACCCAAUUUUUAUAAACAAACUGUUGGUCUAUUAAUUGAUCCAAUUCAGAAUAUAAUUCAGCAACUUAAAGCAUACUCAAUAGAAGAACUCGAGUUUUUCCUGUGAACUUUUAUCGAGCAAAUAGGAAAUUUCCACAAAAAAGAAAUCUCAAAGUAUUUGAUUCAACGAAUGUUCGAAAUAGAGGGCAUUCGAGGGAGCUUUUAUCAACUGUAUGCCCAACAAUAUAAUUUUGUUUCAUUAUUUCCGGUACCCUGGGUAGCAGAGCCUCAAUGAAAGAGUUCGUCCUUCCAUUGUUUUCGAUACACUCUUUCACGUGGGGUUUGGUACCCGGAGUAUAUUUCCCGUUGUUUGAUCCUUUCCUGAUCUUAAUUUUGUCUGAAAAUGAAUAACCUUUGAGUAACUCAUUUUAUUGCAAGCUUGCACUUUUCUUCAAAACUAACUUUCUUUGCAUUGAGGGGGAUGGUGACUGCCCCCUCGGCCCCCUCAGAGGCGUAACUUGGCCAAUAGGUUUGGGGGGGGGGUGAAAA